AUGUCUGGUAAUUUGCCACCAGGACCCUCACGUCUUGACCCUCCUGAGGCUUCCCAGGACUCCAUCCUGACUCCUUCCUUAGUAGAGGAUGGCAAAUCACAAGAUGGGAGUUCACAGGAUGAUUCUCUGUCUGAGGAUGAGUCUACGGGGUCUAUGGAUGACUUAGAGCUUCUAGACCUUGAGGAUGAGGAAUUUCUGGAGGAGGAGGAGGAGUACCUGGAAGAGGAGUACCUGAAGGAGGAUGAGUUUUUGGAUAAGGAAACAUUAUUGCAAAGGGAAAAGUAUCUGCUUCAAGCAGCACAUGUGGAAGACACUGCACAUCUAAAAGACAAAAAGCUUCAGAAGCAUCUGGAAAAGGAAUUCAGGAUAGAAGACACAAUAUCAACCCCACUCGAUGUUAAUGCAAGGAGCCCACUUCAAAGUGCCUCUGAAGAAACACAUGUGACUUCUUCGUCCAGCUCAUCACACGAACUGAAGCUUUCCACAUCUUCUUACUACAGUUUCCCAGGAUAUUCUGUCUCCCUAAGAGAUCAGAGCAGUCAGACAGAAUGGGCCUACAAAAGCAAGUCGGGGCUAUCCUUAAAAUCCAAAACAAGACUGGAUCAAGACUCCUCCAUGGUAGUCAGUCAGAAAUCUGACGUGGAAGACAGCUUCCAGCAAGGGGCCUUUUGGGACUCAUUCAUGAAUGAACCUUUCGACAAGCAGGAAGAGGGAUCCUUUGAAUCUCUUCCCAGCAGCUGUGAGUCUGUGUUCAGGGAGAUACUCCGUGAGUUGGCAAUCCAGGGAGAACUGGAGGGUGACCUGGACAUACCACUGAGUAAGCUGCUGGAAGGUGAAAACAGGAAGAAGCUGGGAGCCUUGUUGAAGAAAAAUUUUGAAAAAUACAAAGAAACAAUUAUGUGGAUUAUGAAACAGCAUGAAGCUAGCCAGUCGACCCCAGAGACGGCCAUCACUAUUAAUUACCUAAUGUCUCUGCAACCGCCCGAGGAGCCUGAGGCGAAAAAAUCCACAAGCAGUUAUUCUCUCAUGAAGAAGUUGCACCUAGACCACAAAUGGGUACAGGCAAAAAUGAAGGUACAUCAAAGUGAUGGAAAAAUAACUGCCUACCACAGUGGAAAGAGCUUCCAUAUAUUUUUUCCUAAUGGCACAGGCCAGAUAUACUAUCCAUCAGGAAACCUGGCUCUGCUCAUCUUCUGCCAAGGAGUCGAAAAAUUUACCUAUAUUGUUCUAGAAGACUCCAUACGUAUGACGAUCCGAGGCCUUGUUACCAACUCUGGCCAUGCCACCUUCUACAAUGAGGAUGGAAGGAUCUGGUUGAGCAUGAGCAAACUCCUGGGCUAUUACUUCCCCAAAGACAAGUGGCAAAAGGCCUGGAACUGGUGGAACCUGUACCUACAUGUGCACGCACCCCCUUUUAUGUGCAUCACUUUGAAACUCAACGAGUACGUCCGUAUACAAAUACAGAGCCAGGACAAGGUCAUCUUCUGCUUCCUCGCCCCCAAACAGAGGCAGAUUUGUUUAAACAUGGGCGCCAAGUUCAAGCUUAUCAACUCAAAUAUUCAUGAAGCCUUAAUGAAGAGGGUGGUCCUGGAAACAGUACCCUACUCAACAUCAUGGAAGAUCCAAGUCCUUCUGGAAAAAAUAAGUAGGAGUCUGAGUUUACUGACACUGUCUGAUUUGGAAGACUUCAUAGUAGUGGUCAACAUGGUGUUCAAGGACCUCGGUGCGAAAUAUCAACUCUGGUCUUAG